GAAAGCGGGCUCUUCUCAGAACAGCGCUCACCGUCACGUUCGUGUUUACCAUGGUCGCUUUUUGCUCGUUUUAACGCGUCCUCUCGCCGCUCUUCCUUCCAAACAUGGCCUGCUCCGAGCCGGACGUGGAUUUGUGGACGGUUCCUCUCGUGGCGCUGAAUGUGACGGUGAGGAAAAAGUUGGGGCUCUACCUGAACCCCAAACACACGGUGGCCGCCGACUGGAUGGAGGUGGCCGAGGAAAUGGGCUUCUCUUACCUGGAGAUAGAGAACCACAAGUCGGUGAAAAACCCCACCAAGGCCGUCCUGGAGGAGUGGGCCGCUCGGAACUCUGAUGCAUCGGUGGGAAAGUUGCUGUCGAUCCUCGAGAAGAAGGAGAGGAAAGACAUCGUGGAAGAUAUCCGCUCCUUAAUAGACGAAGAUGUCCGAAAGUACUGUGAGAGUCUGAAGAAGAAAAGCGAGCCCCCGGUUCAAGUUCCUGAGGUGGACAGCUGUGUCCCUCGCACCCCUGAGAGGUUGGGUAUCACCUUGGACGAUGACCCAGAAGGCACUCCGGAGCUGUUUGACGCCUUCAUCUGCUACUGCCAGAGCGACUUUGAGUUCGUCCACGAGAUGAUCCGGGAGCUGGAGCAGACGGAGAACAAGCUGAAGCUGUGCGUGUUCGACAGGGACGUCCUGCCGGGCUCGUGUGUUUGGACCAUCACCAGUGAACUCAUCGAGAGGAGGUGUAAGAGAAUGGUGGUGGUGAUUUCUGAUGAAUACCUCGACAGCGAUGCCUGUGACUUUCAAACCAAGUUUGCUCUCAGCCUCUGCCCAGGUGCUCGGAGUAAACGUCUAAUUCCAGUCAUCUACAAGUCGAUGUCAAAGCCAUUCCCCAGCAUCUUGCGCUUCCUGACAGUAUGCGAUUACACCCGGCCCUGCACACAGUCCUGGUUUUGGGCACGGCUCGCCAAGGCUCUCUCGCUGCCGUAAUCACAGACCAGGAAAUCAACUGAACUUUUUAAGUUUAAAAAAAAAAAUCAUGUCGAACCAUGCCAAA